AUGGGCCGCGAAAGCCUUGGCUUAACGAAUGCUUGGAAUGGCCUGGGGGCCGGACUCGCUCCGGCUACGAAUACGAGAUGUACGAGACCGAAGCUCCCGUCGCUUGGCAAAUUUACAUCCCCUAAGCCUAUCCGACGGCCGUAUCCGAAGACUCGGACUGGAUGCCGAGUAUGUAAAUCCAGAAAGGUUAAGUGCGACGAGACCCGGCCGUCCUGCCGGAACUGUAUAAGGCGCGGUAUUAGUUGCGAUUUUAACGCCUUAGCCUCUUCUCUUAACUACCAAUGCCCUUCGAGCGGUUGGUUUAGCGCUCUCGACAUGGAACUACUCUACUAUUUUACCACUUUAACGUGCUUUACCUUCUUGGCCGAACCUACGGUUCGUAACUUUUGGCGCUGGAAAGAUCUACUUAUCGAGCAGGCGAUGAUCCACUAUAACGCGUCGUCGUCCCUAGUACUACCCGUCCUUAAUAACAUAUCCUCCGAAGAGUCGGUGCUAAUUUUCGUAUUUAGUAUGGGCAUGCGGAGCGUCAUCCACUUCAACGGCAGCGCCGUACACUCGAUGCUUUCCACGGGCCUCAUCUUCGACUCGGGCAGGCAGAUGAACGAAAUGUGGGAGGCUAACAUUCCGCCCAUAUACGAAGGGCUUAAGGAACUCGAGAACAACGUCGUGUUCUACGUCAAGGACUCGCAGAAGCUGGAGGCGCUGGUGCACGGAAUAGACACCCUGAAGCGGAGCUACGCCUUCUAUAGCAGCAGCUUCUCCGACGACCAGCGAGUGAGGGCCGCGUUCAUGUGGCUGUUUAAACUAGACGACUGCUUUGUCGACCUGCUCAAGACCCGAGAUAACGAGGCACUGUGCGUGCUCGCCUUCUUCUGCGUCUUAUUCCAGCGCCUAGACUACAACUGGUGGAUUGAGGGCUGGGGUACUUACCUGAUCGCAUGGAUAUACUCCGUCCUGGACGAAGGAUAUCGGUUAUGGAUUCGAUGGCCAAUAGAGGAAAUCGGCUGGGCGCCGUAG